CCCGAUAGACGCGGAAGCAGCUUCCCCCCCCCCCCCGGUCCAAACUAACUAGACUAUCCUAACCCUAGAAGCUCGAGCCUCCGAUCUAAUCUCCCAAGAUCCUCCUAACCUUACUCAGAGCACCGACACACAGCUACCUCCUAACCCAAUGGAAGAACUCACCACCUUCCUGUCAUCCAUCGGCGAAGAAGUCGAAGAUGCUGAAGAGGAAUGCUUUCUUCUCUUCGCACAAGAUAUUCCCUCGGCCAAUCUGGGCUUCGUCGAUUCACGAGCGACAUCUGUCGAUGUAACCAUCCACGGACAAGACUAUACCAUUAACCAAUCUCCGACGCUGUUGUCGUCGUCGCGCGCGGGUGGUACAACUGGUGCAGUCCUCUGGAAAAUCACCCCCCUCUUCGCAGAAUGGAUAACAACGCAAACCAACCCCUUCUGGACCAGCACAAUCCUCACGCCAACAUCCACAGUCCUUGAACUAGGCUGCGGAAUCUCAGGUUUAAUAGCCCUGACCCUCUCCCCCACAAUCACGCACUACGUAGCCACAGACCAAGAAUACGUGCAUCGACUCCUACGCUCCAAUUUCGAGGCCAAUGCCCCAAAGCAAGAACACCCCAAGUCCAAGGCAGGUAGCAACAGGAAACCCAGCAAACAUGGCAGCAGCAGCAGCAACAACAAAACAUCACAGAAAUCAACUCCCCAAAGCACAAAUAUUACGUUCACCACCCUGGAUUGGGAAACGGAUGACCCUGCCGCAUUGAAAGAUUGUAUUGCUACUAAUGACGGGAACACAGGGCAUGAGGAUAAAGGGUUUGAUGUUCUGAUUUCCUGUGAUUGUAUUUAUAAUGAGGCGUUGAUUGCGCCGUUUGUGCGGACUUGUGCGGAUGUUUGUCGGUUAAGGCCUGUUUAUGCUCCUGGGAGGGAGUUGGGGGAGAGGAAAGAGAAGCCGACGGUUUGUGUGAUUGCGCAGCAGCAGCGGUCGCCUGAGGUGUUUGAGACUUGGUUGAAGGAGACGAUGAGGGUGUUUCGGGUUUGGAGGGUUAGUGAUGAGGCGUUGGGGAAGAAGUUGGCGUCUGGGUCGGGGUAUCUGGUGCAUGUGUUGGUGUUGAAGGAUGGAGAUCAGUGAGAUUUGGCAAGGAAAAAGAGUUGUGAUGACCGGUGACCUCCAUGUAGAUGAUGGUUAUCUGCCUGCCCUGUAGCGAAAUCUUGUUCUGUGCGUAAGCAGCUCAUCGAGAGUUCAGGGCACCUGCAGUCAUGGGUCAUCUUGAGCAGACAAAAGGUGUGUUUUAAGGCAUAAACAUGAUGUAUUGAUUUAUUUGUUUGGCAAAUAUCAAGGGUCUGUUGCAAAUAUGCAAAAAGCCAUUAGCGGGCUUCGCAAUAUCCAUUAAGUAACAUAAAAGAGAUGCAUAAACGGCAUGCAAGAUCUCAAUGGAGACACGGGAGAGCAGAUGCACGCGAGCACCACAACAGGGUUU